AUGAAAUAUUACUUGCAAGUCAUCGUCGCUCUGGCUGUAAAAUCGUGUUUAUUUGAAAAUCAAUCGAUUGAAUUUCAGGGAAUUCGUUACUGGAAAUAUUCCUCCUUUUUGAGAAAUUCAUAUCAAACACCCCCAACUGGAAAUACCGGUGGUGCAGAGGAUAUCGGCGGUGCAGGAGAUAUUCAAUAUUCUCCUGUUUUAACUGCUUUUUAUGUCUGCUCAAAUGUUUUAACCUUCUCGGCUACCCUCAACACCAACACAGACUUCUGCAACAUUGAACCAACCCCACACUUCACACUCGUUUGCUAUGAAGAAAAUCUCACACAGCUGCAUGUUGUUGGCAACGGUUUCAGUCCCAACGCAUUGCCACAGAACUUCUCAUCACAAACACUAUUCGCCACACUCGCCCCACUCUCAAGCUUAAAAGUCCUCACUCUCGUUUCUCUUGGUCUCUGGGGUCCAAUCCCUCAAACCAUUUCUCAGUUAUCUUCUCUUGAAAUACUCAACAUAAGUUCAAACCAUUUCACUGGUGUUGUUCCGUCACAGAUUUCACUUCUCAAGAACCUUCAAUCACUGGUUCUUGAUAACAACCUUUUAGAAGGCGUUAUUCCAAGCGAAAUAGGGACUCUUCAAGGCUUGGCUGUGCUUAGUAUGAAGAACAAUUCGCUCAGUGGAAGUCACAGCUUGAAGGUCCAACAGCAAGCCUUGAUGAUUAAAGAAAAGAAAUAA